AUGCCCCACAGUCAAUCCAUGACCUUCCUUAUGGUUGAAGCAGACCGAAGUCGACUCCGGGUCCUCUACGACUUCCUCUUUCGCCACGUGUCGUCCCUGCGGCCCGUGGCGCCGGAGAUCAUCCGGGCAGUGCCGGCGCGCCAGGCCCUUCGGGGAUUCGCGCGCCCGUUGCGGGGCGGGCGCCGAGAUCCCCACCACUUGAGCUACCCGACCUCAAGGAUCUCUACCUUCUGGAGCCACAGUUGGCAUGGCAACAAGUGGCUCAAGGCCCUAACUGCCCUGUGGCUCUACAAUUCGCUUCCGGCCACCUGCGUGUCGACGCUGGGUGCGCUGGCGGCCGCGGGCCUGUAUGCCGUGGGGGUCCUUCCGGGCCUGGACUACUGGGAUACCUAUGCGUAUCCUCGCAGCUUCUGGGCAUCUGCGGUGGGCCUCGUGCUCUACAGCAUAGACCAGCGCGAUCCCGCGAGGAAGGCUGCCGGAAUCCUGUCUCUGGGUGCCUUUCUGAGGUGCUCGGAGUCCAUGCUCGUUCUGUGGGAUCCGACCUACACCCACCGGCUCUGGUGCAUAUUCGAGCUGUCGGGGUACCUUCACACUCGAGAAGGGGCCGAACAUCACCUCGUGGUGCGUCCUGUGCUGUUGGGACCCUGCUACCUGUUGCUGACCCUGGCGCUCGCCAGCACCACCUUUGCCGUCGGAAGCAUCCCGGAGGAGAACAAAGUCGUCCUCUGGUUGACGCAAGCAGUAAUCCUGACCGUUGGCUUCUACCCAAGCGUGGUCUCAUACCGCCAUGACUUCCGAGCGCUCGAAGACCUGCGUGGUGAUCUAGAGGGCUUCACGUUGCGAGGCACGGAGUGUGAGUGUUGCAGGCUGGACCAUGUGAAGAAUGGGCGGCGGAUUAGUUGCGACCGGGAAGUGGUACUGCGAUGUCUCACGUCUUGGUUCGGCAGCACGGAGAACUUCGAGGAACUCGUGCGUUCAGAAGUUCUACACACCCUCAUGCACGAGUUGUCCACCGAGUUCUUCCGGUACAAGCGCUGCAUCCCACCUCUCAUCCCGGUGGCGUGGUCGUAUUUAGACACGGCAUCCGCCGAGGCCCGGAAGCACUGGGGUACAGGAUUCAGCCACUUCACGGAGGUGACAAAGGAGCUUGUGCGCGGCUUUGCAUGGUGGCUCUGCGUCGUGCCCUCCAUCCUCUUGGUCUUCCUGAGGCUUGCGUAUUGCUUGCGAGCCAGGCCCUCCACGCCAUGUUGCGAUUGGGCGGUGAAUGCACUGAUCCUGCUGUGCAUUGUGGCCAUGUUUGUGGCUGCUGUGCAGCUGGAGUUUGCCUGCAUGCUGGUGCACGAUGCCGUCAUUCCCUGGAAUUGGUAUUUCAGGGGGCUGCACGUGGCCAUGCUCUUCUUUGCCUCCCUCUGCUUGCCUCUGGCUGUGCUACUCUUCCAGUGCGUGCAUCCCCGCUACAACCGACUUGGCGCGCCAAGCGCGCCCAGCGCGCCCAGCGCGCCCAGCGCGCCAAGCGCGCCAAGCGCGCCAAGCGCUCCAAGCGCGCCAAGAGCCACAAUACAGCUCUAG